AUGAGCCAAACAAAAGGAGGCCGACGGAGGAGGUCGAGCAGUAUCAUAUACCAGGAACCACCGGAGUCGAAUGAGCAGAUGAGCGACCAGGCGGCGUUGCCCAACCUCAACGCCAACUGGGUCAAUGCCAAGGGUGCCUGGACAAUCCAUUUUGUUCUGAUAGCAGCUCUGAAGAUAUUUUAUGAUAUCAUUCCCGGCGUCUCUCAGGAGACGUCAUGGACCCUCACCAACAUCACGUACAUGUUCGUCACCUUCAUCAUGUUCCACUGGGUGCGGGGGAUUCCCUUUGAAUUCAACGCCGGUGCCUAUGACAACCUGAACAUGUGGGAGCAAAUCGACAACGGGGACCAAUACACGCCCUCGAAGAAGUUCUUGCUCAGCGUACCCAUCAUCCUGUUCCUCCUCAGCACUCACUACACCCACUACGAUCUGACCUAUUUCCUCAUCAAUUUUAUGGCGACUUUGGGUGUUGUUAUUCCUAAGCUACCGAUAUCUCAUCGUCUGCGAAUAGGACUCUUCUCAGAGCUGCCAGAGGACUCGUAG